AAUAAAAGAGACACCCCUUGGAAUAGUACAGUACAUACAUGUCUCUUCCUUUCGUCGUUCAAUCUAUCCUCCGGCAGAUGACGACGCGGCGGCCGCUGCUACUCUAUACCACCGCUUGGACAGUUACAUUGGCGGUAACCGUCGUGCUGGCUUCUUUCUCUCCGGAGAUCGCCUUCGUGUCGGCCAUAUCUCCAUCGUCUCGGUUUUCUCGUGCGUGCAAGUCGGAACAGGGCACCGUUAGGGUUCCGCUAGAUGUACCGGGAGAGGUGUUGUGCUUGCCGGCUCACUUCUUCAAAAGGUCUAAGAUAGAUUUCUUCGUUCCACCUAUCUUCGCCGCCGUUGUUGUUGCUAGUUCGGCGUGUGUGGUUCGAGCCAUGGGCUUGUGGGAAGACGACACUGGUUCCGGUGGAGUCCAGGCUUAUGAGCUUAACUCAACAGAUCAAAUGCGUCCUCGUGGGGACUGA